ACCGCAUUUUAUUGAAGCGCUUCUACCGAUGUAUGUACGGUGACAUAAAAGGCGCCAAGAAGCUCAUAAAAAUUAAUUACAGUAUGCGCAAUAAGCAUUCGCACAUCUUUCUCGAACGUGACCCAACCGAUGCGGAUAGUAAACAAACAUUCGAUUAUGCGGAUCUGAUACCACUGCCGGGUCUUACACCAGAAGGUUACAAAGUGAGCUGUUAUCGUUUAGUAGAUUUUGAUCCAGCGAAGGUGAAUCAUACCGCCGAUACCAAAGCAUUUUUCAUGGUCUCCGAUUGUCGUUUUAACACAUAUGAUGGCUUUGCUUCCGACGAGGAGAAUGUAGAAACAUUUGCUAAUGGUGAUGUGCAAAUUUUCGAUAUGAAUGGCUACACACUGAAGCACCUCAGUAGGAUGACUUUCAGUACACUGCGCAUAUACAUGGCUUUCCUGCAGGAGGCAUUGCCCGUUCAUUUAAAGGCAAUCCAUAUCAUUAACUGCCCCCCAUAUCUGGAUAAGGUGGUUAGCAUUAUGAAGCCUUUUAUAAGUAGUGAAGUCUUCAAACUGAUACGAUUUCAUACCGUCAGCUUGGACAGCCUUUACGAACAUGUACCACGUAGCAUACUGCCGGAAGAAUAUGGCGGAACAGGAGGAAAAAUCGCAGACCUUAAGGCAAUACUUUUGUCUGAACUGGCGCACAAGAGAGAUUAUCUGAUGGAUCCAAGUCAUUGGAAAAUUGAAGCAGACAAGGAAAAUGCUGAGCGUCGCCGUUGGCUGUUUAAAUAAUACCUACAUAUGUAUUUGUUUUUUUAUUAUUUAAAAGUUAAAUUUCAGAACCAAUCCUGUAACCAUGAUUAUUCUCUAUUUUAGCACAGUAUAAUUAAGAAAACGUUUUUUAUGCGUGAAAACUUUUCUGUGAAACUAUGUAAUACAUGUUA